GCUUCUGAAUUCUGAUUUCAUCGGUCCAUAACAUAAAAGUAAACCAAAGCCAAGAAUAUUGAGCAUUAAAAUUUGUACUUUUCCUCUUUGUUUCUUCUUCUCUCUCUCUCUCUUGUCAUAAAUUUCUUCCAUCUUCUAAGGCUUACCCUGAGCAACAGGGUCCUCUUUCAUCACCAUCAUCAUCAUCCUCAUCAUUACCAUUAUCACCACCCAAAACCUCAUUAAUCAUUUCUAUAUCUUCACCUGCAUCAUUUAUUUCAUCAACUUAUUAACUUCAUUUUCUGGGUUCAUACAGUUUUGUAUCAAACUGUUCAAAAGUCAACUCAUUUCACUGUUACAUAUCAAGAAUUGUGUAUAAUUUGAGUUUCUUGAUUGUAAAGAUAGUUUUUUUUUACUAUGGAAAGAAAAGCUCCUCCUAUAGUUGAACAGAAUCAAAUUGGUUGUGUAUGGAAAUUUAGUGGUAUGUUUGACUUUGACCACCACCUCCACCACCACCGCCAUGGCCGGUCUCGCCGGAAACUUAUGUCAGAUGAGAGUCAUAGGAGCAAAAGUGUUUCAGGACCUGAAAGGAGCCAAGUACAAAUGCUGACCUUUGAUGAACAACUUAAAAGCAUCAAUAUUGAAUCGAAGAAGGAAACCGCAAGUGUAAACCGAGUAGAUCACUCAGGAGAGGAUGAUGAGGUCUUUAAGAACACCAUGGAGAAAUCUUUUUGGAAAAAGAUAACAUCUCGAUACGAAAACCCGAAUAAGAAAAAGGAAAACACUAAGAUUGUAGAUACAAUUGUUGUUUUGAGGCCUACUCGACGUGUUGUAGAAUCCGCGGUUGAUUUAGGAUGUCAUUGCUCGUAUUUGCACUCGCGUCACGGCUCAACAAGCAAGCAACAGAUCGUUAAAAGCGCGCCCCCAGUCUCGUUCAAUGAUGUUAGGAAAAAAUUAAAAAACUCAAAGAAGUUGAAGAGCAUACAAAAGAUGAAAUCUAGUGGUGAACUUGAUGGAAAUGGUUCUAAAAUCUUGAAGCAACGCGAACCAGAAGUCUUUGUAGAAGCAAAAAGGCACCUAGCCGAACGGUUAAGGCUAAUGGCUCAUGGUGCGGGCCUAGGUGAGCCUUCGGGAUCUUCAAGUAAACGAGUCUCGAGAACCUUGGAGAGGGUACUACUAUCGUCUCCUAAACACGAGUCAAUGGCUAGUUUUGGGCGUGAACCGGAAGGAACCCAUAGUGCAAGAAGUUUGCAGAAGACGUUGAGUGGCUCGAGCCGGUUGAACCUAGACUCAAACCCACAAAACGGGUCCAUUGAAAGAUCUCAACUAGAAUUUUCUUUAGAUGUUUCUUCACCGAAAGCCGAUGGUAAAUCAGAAAACAUGGAUCACGAUCGAUUCAGAGAGAAUCCGAGCCCUGUUUCUGUUCUUGAAUCAUUUUUCUCGGACAAUACUUGCAGUCCAACAAGCACCGUUGAAUCCGUUGAGCUUCAAAUGCAACCGCAUCGUCUGGAUUUCGAAGAACACUCGUCACAAACUUCAUCUCCACCACGACACACCGGUUUAGUUUCAUUUGCAUACGAUCGAGGGUUCAUUUCAUCAUAUGUUAGUGAUAUCUACCAAGUUUCUCAGUCAAACUGGGAUGACUUUUUAGCAAACGAUUAUCCGUUGGAACCAUCGUGUGACCAUAACAAACUCCUCCUCCUCCAUGAUUGUGUAAAGGAAGUCUUGGUUAGUGUACAUUCGCGGACGACAUUUAUCAGCUCGAAGAUUCAACCGUUCUCAUUGGAAAAAGAUGUGGUCAACGAGGUUAUUGAACGAGUUGACUGGCAUAACGGUCAACCCGCGGGUCCACGAACGCUAGAUCAUGUUGUCAAGCGGGAUAUAAUGAAAUGUGGACAAUGGAUAGACACUGUAUCAGAUGAGAAUGAUAUAGUGUUUGAAGUUGUAGAUGAAACUCUACAAGAACUGAUCAUGGAAGCCGUGUUGACUUUUGGUUUCACCUGUUGAUCGGCUCGAAGCUCAUGGACAUCAUGGUUCAGGUUCUCAGGCGGGUGCCGCUUAGCCGAACCCACGAACCCCACAUGGAUUAGUUGUUUAUGUGUUAGUAUUAUAGAUAGAGGUUGUAGUUUUGGUCAUUUUUUGUGGGAUAUAACUAUAUUUGGCCUGUUUGUGUAAAUGAGAUGAUAGGGUGUGUAAAUGAGAUUAUAGGGUGGCAAACUCGUAAUAUUCUUUAAAUUGGAACUUGUUGCUCGCUUACCUGCGAUAUUGAUGUAACUCGGCCAGUUCAUAUAUAUAAUAGUUUGUGAUUUUGUUAAA